UUGGCGUUCACCAAAUUAACAUACAUAUACUAUGACUCUGCUCGACUCGCUGUCAAUCACUAUGAGGGGCUGAUAUGGGAUAUGCAAAAUGUCCAUAUGUUUCCCAGCAGAAUGCAAUUUAUCAAGGGAAAUAUCGAGGAGGCUAUAAAAAGCAUGACUGAGAUCGUCAAGGAGUUGAUUACUCAGGGAUUGGCAUGCCUUCUACCUAUUAGCGUUGUUGCGCACGUGGCCCUUCCACUUCUUCUCAGCACCGUUGAUUCGUGGUUUUCCUCAACACGUUUACAACGGAAUGCACGCCGCCGCCACUUGCACUUUUACAAGGAAGCCAUGCGAGUUCUUGGAUCGCAGUAUGAGGCCGCUGAUAAGGUCUGCACUUUCAUCGACAGCGCUCUUUCAUCCUCCGGUGUAGCUUUCAGUUCCGAAUUAGCACAUAUUGGGAGUGAGCUCGAUCAUAGUGAUGGCGCUUCCACAAGCCUCGGAAGUGCCGACGAGCAAAUCUCUCCUAUCCAGCCAAAGCCAGUGUCGGGGUUUCGAUUCAAAAGUAUUAGUGAAUACUUUGGUCGCCAAACUCGAUCGUACCUCCGUCUAUCUUUGGCAUUAGACUAUGCUUUGUGCAGAGGCCAGUUUCCACGAAAGAGUGAUUUCGAAAAACUCUGUCAAAAACUACGGCUGGUUGACUCGCAACAAUUAUGUUCGCCAGUCACGGAACAGAGCCCAUCUGAAAGCUUGAGUAUUCAACUAAGGCAAUCCAGCAUACCGUGUGAUCUUUCAGACCCCCAUGCACUGCACACAAGGAGACCGCAUGAUUUUGAUCACAUUGAGCAUAGUCUUGGAAGCUCGAACGAUGAAUGGAUUGUGAAUGGUUUUAUCACCCCCUCUGACGUUAUGAUGCAUGCCCCUCUUCAACCAUAGGAGUCACGCGGUGACGAUGAGAUGUACUUUUCCUCAUUGAGUCCUUUCCCAUAAUGAUAUCUACCGUGUACGGAGCCAGAGCC